CGAGCGGCUGACGAUCAGGAAGGCAGCCUGUACUCCGGGGCGCUCCGCUCCCGUUUUCGGACGUGCCUUUGGUAGAUAAAUCGACGCGCGCGUCGCCCCCCCCCGCCAUGGUGGUCCUGCUGGGAUCCUUUUCGCACCUUAAUACAAGAAGACAUACUGGCUGAAGGAGAUGUGACCUGUGCCAAGGAAGACAUGGCCAAUAUGCAGGACGGCAUUCUAAUGGCAGUGGUGGUCACAGGUCUUGGAAUGUUGUGUCUGGGAAGUUUAACAGCAGAGGAUUCCCAGUGCCUGCGGGUUAAGCACCCUGUUGUUACGAGUGAAGAUAUUGCUCCCUGGUUACACGUAUUCAGAGCAGAAAAUGCAGUUGACUUCUCUCAGAUAACGUUUGACCCAAGACAGAAAGAAAUUAUUGUUGGAGCAAGAAAUUACCUCUUCAGGCUGCAUAGUGAAGAUCUUUCUCUAAUCCAGGGUGUGGAGUGGCACUGUGAUGAUGCUACUGUAAAAGCCUGUUACAGUAAAGGCAAAUCAGAGGAGGAGUGCCAGAAUUAUAUUCGUGUUCUCCUUAUUGGUGGAGACCGGCUCUUUGCCUGUGGAACUAAUGCAUUUACACCCAUUUGUACUAAUCGAACGCUAAGUAACCUGGAAGAGGUACAUGAUCAGAUAAGUGGCAUGGCCCGUUGUCCAUAUAGUCCACAGCACAACUCCACAGCUCUCCUAGCAAGUACUGGUGAGCUAUAUGCAGCGACAGUCAUGGACUUUCCAGGGAGGGAUCCGGCCAUUUAUCGCAGCUUGGGUGUUCUUCCUCCUCUCCGGACUGCACAGUACAACUCUAAGUGGCUCAAUGAGCCAAAUUUUGUGUCUUCCUAUGACAUUGGAAACUUCAUCUAUUUCUUCUUCCGAGAGAAUGCGGUGGAACAUGACUGUGGGAAAAUAGUAUUUUCUCGGGCUGCUCGAGUUUGUAAGAAUGACAUUGGAGGCAGGUUUUUGCUAGAAGACACCUGGACCACCUUCAUGAAAGCUCGUUUGAACUGUUCCCUCCCUGGCGAAAUUCCAUUUUACUACAAUGAAUUACAGAGUACGUUCUUCCUGCCAGAACUGGACUUAAUCUACGGGAUCUUUACCACUAAUGUGAACAGCAUAGCAGUUUCAGCUGUUUGUGUAUUCAACAUGACAGCAAUAACACAAGUCUUCAACGGACCAUUCAAGUACCAGGAGAAUUCUCGGUCUGCCUGGCUGCCUUAUCCCAACCCAAACCCUAAUUUCCAGUGUGGCACCACAGACCAAGGGCUGUAUCUGAAUCUGACAGAGAGGAAUCUCCAAGACGCCCAAAAAUUUAUUUUGAUGCAUGAAGUGAUCCAGCCUAUCACACCAGUUCCGUACUUCAUGGAGGACAACAGCCGGUUUUCCCAUGUGGUUGUGGAUGUAGUACAAGGCAAAGACAUGCUUUUUCAUGUCAUUUAUUUAGCCACAGAUCAUGGCACAAUUAAGAAGGUACUUGCUCCAAUUAAUCAAACAUCAAGCAGCUGCUUGCUGGAGGAAAUUGAUAUCUUUCCAAAGCAGCAGUGGGAGCCCAUCAGGAGUCUGCAGAUUUUACACAGUCAGAGUGCUCUGUAUGUGGGCCUUCAAAGAAGUGUAGUGAAGAUCCCACUGAAGAGAUGUCUGUUCUACAAAAUACACAGUGCAUGUGUUGGAUCCCAGGAUCCUUACUGUGGCUGGGACCUGGUGCUGAAGAAGUGCACGCCACUGGAAGAAAGCUUGAGCAUGAGUCAGUGGGAGCAAAGCAUUUCUGUGUGCCCAAAAAGGAAUUUGACGGUGGAUGGCCAUUUCGGAACUUGGUCAGGGUGGAAGUCUUGCACACAUAUAGAUGGCCCCAACAUAGGCUUUUGCCUCUGCAGAACACGCUCCUGUGACAACCCCGUUCCACGAUGUGGAGGGCACCAGUGUGAAGGGACAAGUAUAGAGAUUGUCAACUGCUCUAGAAAUGGAGGUUGGACUCCCUGGACAUCGUGGUCUCCUUGCAGCACCUCCUGCGGAAUCGGCUUUCAAGUCCGCCAGCGCUCCUGCAGUAACCCGAGUCCUCGGCAUGGAGGCCGGGUCUGUGUGGGGCAGAACCGUGAAGAAAGGUAUUGCAAUGAACAUUUGCUAUGUUCUCCGCACAUGUUUUGGACCACCUGGGGUGCAUGGGAACGUUGUACGGCCCAAUGCGGAGGAGGGAUUCAGGCCCGCCACAGAGCUUGUGAGAAUGGCCCUGACUGUCCCGGUUGUAGUGUUGAGUUUCAGGCUUGCAAUACCAGCCCCUGUCCAGAGUUGAAAAAAACCACACCUUGGACACCAUGGAGUCCUGUGAACAUCUCUGACAACGGUGGCCAUUAUGAACAACGUUUUCGAUACACAUGCAAGGCCCGGCUGCCUGAUGCCAGUUUGCUAGAUGUGGGAAGGCAGAGGAUUGAAAUGCGUUACUGCUCCAGUGAUGGUUCUACAGGAUGCUCCACAGAUGGUGAUUUUGUGCAUUCUGGGCGGUAUGCUACUCAUACCAUCAAUGGUGCCUGGUCCCCGUGGUCUCCAUGGUCUCAGUGCAGCCGUGACUGCAGCAGAGGCAUUCGCAACCGCAAGCGUAUUUGCAACAACCCUGAGCCAAAGUAUGGAGGGCUACCGUGCCUGGGACCAUCCCUUGAAUACCAAGAAUGCAACAUUCUUCCAUGCCCUGUUGACGGAGGUUGGUCUUGCUGGUCAUCAUGGUCUAAGUGCUCCACUACGUGUGGGAGUGGACAUUACAUGAGGACCCGUUCGUGCACAAACCCAACUCCAGCCUACGGAGGCGAUAUCUGUCUAGGGCUCCACACGGAGGAAGCCCUCUGCAAUACACAACAGUGCCCAGACAGCUGGUCUGAUUGGUCAGAGUGGUCCGCCUGCGAUUCAUCUGGAGUUCAGUUCCGCACCCGUCAGUGUAAUGUUCUAUUUCCAGUGGGCCACCAGUGCACUGGAAAUACCACAGAAAGUCAAUUGUGCGUUUCUGAUUCCAAUUUUAUACCAGAUAUAACAAUAGCAAGAACGAGCAGCAUGAAAGAAAAACGAUGUGGCGAGUUCAACACGUUCCACAUGACUGCUGUGGGGCUGAGCAGCUCUAUUCUUGGGUGCCUUUUGACUCUGCUGGUUUACACGUACUGCCAGCGGUAUCAGCAGCAGUCGCACGAUGCCACCGUCAUCCACCCAGUGUCUCCUGCUCCUCUUAAUACCAAUAUUACCAAUCAUAUCAACAAGCUGGACAAGUACGAUUCUGUAGAAGCCAUCAAGGCAUUUAACAAAAAUAAUCUGAUCCUGGAAGAACAAAACAAGUAUUUUAAUCCACAUCUUUCUGCAAAAGCAUAUUCCAAUGCUUAUUUUACAGAUCUGAAUCACUAUGAUGAGUAUUAAACGGAUCUCUUCAGGAAUGGCAUUUGUCUCCAGGACCUAAAUCUUCAGAGCACACUCCAGUUUGCUAGUGAGAUGCUAUUGCCAACCUCUGGAGCACAAUACUGGGCAAAAAGCUCCCUUUCUGAAAAUGCAGUGCAACAUUUGUACUGUAUAAAUUACACUUGGACUGGUAAACAAGAUGUGGGUGGUUCUGUCUACAUCAGUCCCUUUGGGACAAUUCCCUGCUUUGCUUUGAAUCGUUGUGACUUCUAAUUUCUCAGAAGUAUCAGAGGCUGCCUAGGGACUGCUGUCUUCUUUGCCGAGGAGGAAACAUUCCUGCGUAAGUGGGAAGGAGGCUUCUCCACUGCCAGUGCUGCCAAAAAUAAAAAGGGCAAGAGAUUAAUGAAUGAAACGACACCAGUCAUUUGGCAGCAAGCCCUAAAAACUUGACCCUCCAUUUCAGGCCAGUGAUACCUUCUGGGCCAGAUGCUUGAGUCAUAAAAUUGUUUUAAAUCUUGAAGAAAAUGAGAGUAUAUUAUGGCAGGACUUGAAGCCACCUGUUGUGCAAGCAAUGUUAUAUUGAGCAGGUGCUGCAGAGAGGGAGAGAGACAUUAAGGGAUGGAAUAAAUCCAGAAACAUGCA